UUCUACGCCAACCUUGCAGCCGUUGUGGCGCCGGGAUUCGUGGCGGUGAACAUAACCUUCCGCAACACCGCCGGAGCAAUCAAGCACCAGGCCGUCGCGCUCCGAAACGGCGCCGAUCUCUCCACAUUCUACAGCUGCAGCUUCGAAGCCUACCAAGACACUCUCUACACCCACUCCCUCCGGCAAUUCUACCGCGACUGCGACAUCUACGGCACCGUCGACUUCAUCUUUGGGAACGCCGCCGUCGUCUUCCAGAACUGCAACAUGUACCCCCGCCUUCCCAUGCAGAACCAGUUCAACGCCAUCACAGCUCAAGGCAGGACGGACCCCAAUCAGAACACCGGCAUUUCAAUUCACAACUGCACCAUCAAAGCCGCCGACGACUUGGCGGCGAGCAACGGUACCAUCAAGACUUAUCUCGGGAGGCCGUGGAAGGAGUAUUCGACGACGGUUUACAUGCAGUCUUACAUUGAUAGUGUUGUUGAUCCUGCUGGUUGGCGUGAAUGGAAUGGAGAUUUUGCGCUCAACACUUCGUACUAUGCGGAGUAUAACAAUACUGGACCGGGAUCGGACACUACGAACAGAGUCAGAUGGCCUGGCUAUCAUGUGAUCGGUAAUUCUUCUGAUGUUGGGAACUUCACGGUGUUCAAUUUCUUGCUUGGAGAUGACUGGUUGCCUCAGACAGGAGUGCCUUUCAAUAGUGGUUUAUUAUCAUGAGUUCAGAAGCUUCUUGGAUAUAGCUGAUCAUAGGUUCUCACUUUUUCUUUUUUUUAUUCUUUUCAGCAAAUUGUCAUUGUUUAAAAGAAGUAAUUAAUAAGUUGCAAUGCCCCAGCUCAAGUUAGAGCUUGGGUGAUGAGGAAUUAAUUAAUUUUAAUUUAUUAAAAACACUAAUCGUCAAUACUGAAUUAAUUUAUGUAUGUUAUAUGAUUAUGCUAAACGG